AUGAAGAUCAUCUCUGUCCUCAGCGCCUUCUCUGCGAUCUUGUCAUGCACGAGGGUCGUCUCCGCACAGUCCAGCCCUGAUCCGAUUGGCACAAUCUACGAUGGUCGUGUGCCAGCGGACCUAUACGGGUCCAACUACACCUACCCAUGGCCGGUAAAGCUGUUCAAAUUUUACAAUCAGCGCCAGAAUCUCACAAUGGCGUUCAUGGACGUGCCGGCGCAGAACAAAGCUACGGAUAAGGCAGCAGUCUUGCUCCAUGGUGGGAACUUCUGCGGCGUCACUUGGUCUGACACUGCGCGCCAGUUGUCAGCAGCCGGAUAUCGAGUGAUCCUGCCCGACGACAUUGGCUUUUGCAAGUCUAGCAAACCUCAAGGCUAUUCUUACAACGUUCAACAGCAGGCGCUGAACAUCAACAGUCUGCUAACCGCUCUUGGCAUCGAAAAAGCCACCGUCAUCGGCCAUUCCAUGGGUGGCAUGAUCGCGGCUCGUUACGGUCUAAUGUACCCUGACGCCGUUGAUCAGCUCAUCCUUGUUGAUCCCCUGGGAUUGGAGGAUUGGGUCGCUCAGGGUGUACCCUACUUGCCAGUCGACGAGACGUACGAGACCCAGGUUGUGCAGAAUUUCGCCAGCCUCAAGGCGUAUGAGCAGGCCAGCUACUUCCACAAUGCCACCUGGAAGCCUGAGUAUGAUACCUGGGUCCAAAUGCUAGCGAACAUCUACGCUGGCGACUACGGCUCACAGUAUGCGUACGUGAUGGCCCUCGUCACCGACGCCCUACUCAGCCAGCCUAUUAUCUACCAGCUGCCUCUCCUGCAAACACGUACCUACCUCAUGGUCGGAGAAAACGACGUCACUGCCCUUGGAAAGGCAUGGUCACCUCCUGCCGUUGCGGCGAAGCUGGGACAUUAUGAUGUACUCGGUCCUGCGGCCGCAGCCAUGAUCCCCAACUGCACAUUCCACAUGUUCCCUGGUCUCGGCCAUGCACCCUUCCUCCAAGAUCCCAAAUCGUUUUAUGAGGUCCUGUUUUCUUGGUUGGAUUAA